AUGAAGAAGAAGUUGACAGCAAUCAUUGUUUUGUUACUAUAUUUAAUUUACGCCGGAAUUUCGAUAUGGGGACUGACAAAAUUUUCUUACGAACAGGAAUUAGAGAUGAAUUUAAUUCGAGGUACUUAUCGAUAUAAUUAUCACAAAACGAAUGAAAAGUAUUACAAUCAAUACAAGUACAGGUUACAGCUGUUCAUCACACAGGAACUCGAUUAUUCAAAUCGCACAAUACAACAAAAUAUUGAACAUAUGCUACAAAGAUUGGAAUCGGAUCCUCUGAUCGUUGGAUCAUUGACCGAAUCCUGGUUAAGAAGCUACCUACAGUUUAUUUCAGACAACAGAAUUAAUUCCUUCAUCAACGGAUAUAAGAUUACAAAUUCGGAAGAUUUCGUUUUCGUUCUGCAUAAAUUAUUUUUUCGCAUCCCAGAAGCGAAAAGAUUCAGACAAGAUAUCGUUUUCGAUGCUUCCUCCACCAGAAUCAUUUCCACUCGUUUCUUUCUUCAAACGAACGUUACAAACAACGGAAGUCAUUUCUACAAUCAAUUUAAUCAUUUCAAAGAAAAGCUGAAUGCUUUUCCUUUCACCACAGUCGUGUAUCAUCCGUUGUUUUACUAUUUCGACGCUAUAGACGCCAUACCUACGACAGCAAUUCAGACUUUAGGCAUUGUGCUGUUGACCGUUUCUAUCGUAUCUGCCGUAUUGUUACCGAACUUCAUUUGCAUCGUGUGUGUGUUAUUCAGCAUAAUCUCGGUAGGAGCGGGUGUUUUGGGUUUCAUGUUUAUUUUUAAUCUGGGACUUAAUCUGACUUCCUUGGCUAUUUUAAUUGUUGUUAUCGGAUAUUCUGUCGAUUACGCAGCACACGUUUCUUGUGCGUACAUAUCUGCGAAAGAAAGUAGUCCCGACAAACGUUUGGAGAAUGCAAUAAAUUUGACGGCGAUUCCCAUUAUACAAGGAAGCGUCACUACUAUUCUUGCCAUUGUAAUAGUGUUGAACGUUUCGGAAAAAGAAAUAUUGUUAGCGAUUAAAGUUGUUAUUUUAGCCUGUAUAAUUGCAGGAAUUCAUGGAAUUACAUUCGUGCCUAUGACUAUUUCGGUGAUCGACAGGGUUUUCCAAUUAUAUUAUUACUCUAAAGAGAAAUCGAAAGGGUCAAAUUCUUUUAUCUUUCGUCAUACAGAAAGAAAAACAAAUAAACCCACAAAAGAAAUAAUUGGAAUCGACAACAUGUGCGUAACUUAUAAUGAUUUAUAG